AUGGCCUCCGAGAGAGCAAUCGAUCGGGAAGAGCGACUGGGCCUGCGUGCCAUUCGCAACUUCCUCAAAGCCCGCAAUAGUUACGAUGUGCUGCCCCUCAGCUUCCGACUCAUCAUCUUCGAUACCUCGCUCUCCGUCAAGGAGAGUCUCAACAUCCUGAUCCAGAAUGGCACGUCCUUGAACCCCUCCCUCUCCACACCCGCCUCUACAUCCCUCUCUAUCCUCGAGAAUCCCAUUGUCCGCGCAAUGGCGUCCAAGUUCGCUGGACUUCUAACCACAUCCGACUACAUCAAUGUGAUCCAAUACUAUUUCCAGAACCCAGCGGCGCUGGACCAAAUCGAUCAAUUCCGCCUGGACAGUCUGCGAGAAGUCGAAAAGGCGCUAGGCGUCGCGCCACCAGAGACCAUCUCAAUCGACCCCGAACGUCCGCUGUACGAAGCGUGUCGGCGCAUGCUGGAAUCGCGCGCCCGCCGUAUCCCCCUUGUCACCAGUGAUAGUCAGACCGAGCGGCCCCACGUUCUCAGCGUCAUUACGCAAUACCGGAUCUUGAAAUUCGUUGCUGUCAAUGUACCUGAUACGCAGCAGCUGCGUCGGCCGUUGGGAGAAUUGUUGCUUGGUUCGUAUGAUAAUGUUGCUACGGCUUCGAUGGAUACACCCGUCAUUGAUGUCAUCCAUAUUCUGGUCGAGCGCAGUAUAUCCAGCGUACCGAUUGUGAAUUCGGAGGGUGUCGUGUACAAUGUUUUCGAGUCGGUUGAUGUGAUCACCUUGAUUAAGGGUGGUGUUUAUGACGAUUUGAGUCUGACUGUUGGAGAAGCGCUGAAGAAACGUUCUGCGGGCUUCCCUGGUAUUUACACCUGCUCACUCAAUGACGGCCUGGAUACUAUCUUCGACACUAUCCGCAAAUCCCGGGUCCACCGUCUUGUCGUUGUGGAUGAGCACUUCAAGCUCAAGGGUGUGCUGACCCUGAGUGAUAUCCUGCACUACAUUCUUCUCGAAGGAGAGAACGAAGAAGCAUGA